GGUGUCCGGGUUAACAAGACGAUGGAGUUUUUAAUUGGAAAUCCUUUUUCCACACCAGUGGGGCAGCGAAUAGAGUGUGUUCUUCCUUUGUGUGCUGUGCUUAUGCUCCCCCGGUAGAGCAUGCUACCAGCUCAACGUUACCAUCAGAAGAUUGGGCACUCAAUAUGGAGAUCUGUGACAUUGUCAACGAAACUGAAGAGGGACCCAGAGAUGCUGUUAGAGCAAUAAAAAAGAGGAUUGUGGGAAAUAAGAACUUCAAAGAAGUUAUGCUGGCAUUAACAGUACUGGAGGCAUGUGUGAAGAACUGUGGCCACAGAUUCCAUGUUCUGGUGUCGACCCGAGAGUUCAUAGAGGGGGUUCUUGUCCGAGCUAUUUUGCCCAGGAACAAUCCUCCUUUGGUGAUGCAGGACCGAGUACUCAGCCUCAUACAGGCGUGGGCCGACGCAUUCCGCAGCUCUCCCGACCUGACGGGUGUGGUGUCUGUUUAUGAAGACCUCAGGAGAAAAGGCCUGGAAUUCCCCAACAGUGACCUGGAGGCUCUCCCUCCAAUCCACACCCCCACCAGGAGUGUGACGGAUCCCCGCCCCCCUGUCACCGUGUGCUCUGCACCCUGCUCUCCGAAGCCGUCAUCUCAGCCACCCAACCACACCCAGUCUCAGCCCCCACAGAACCAAAACCCAGAUGACCCCGUCAUACUUUCACCUCAGCAGUUAAAGAGGUUGAGGUCGGACAUUCAGGUGGUGCAGGGCAACCUGACGGUCAUGUCUGACAUGAUGACUCAAAUGCAUCCAGGGUGUGCUCAGCCGUCCGACAAAGAACUGCUUCUGCAGUUGUAUGGCACGUGUAAAGACAUGCAGGAGAAACUGGUGGAGCUGAUCCCACGACUCUCAGAGGAGAAGCUGGUGGAGGAGCUGCUGGUCACCAACGAUGAAAUCAACACCACCUUCACACGAUACAGGAGGUUUGAGAGACUUUACACUCACUCAAAUACCCCUCGGCAGUGCCCCACCUAUACUAACCUCAAAGACUUCGACCCAGCCUCUGACCAAUCGGUUGGUACAUCUGAACUCAAGCCUUGUAGACAGCCACCAAUCAGCACUCUUUGCAGCCAACUGGCAACUCUUCAUACAGAAGAAGUUAUAUCAGCACACAGACAGAAUCACACUGGAACCCAACAGAUAAUCAGUGAGCACCUCGGCAAUUCUGCAGUUGAGGCCUCUAACAGUGUACGGAACAGCAGUGGAACGAGUGACAGCCCAGACUCCAUCCCCCUCAGCUCCUCUCCACAGUUUGAUUGGAUGAUGGAAAAGGGAAUGAUUCCUGUAAGUCAGGCUACAGCAAUGGAUGACAUUGAGAAAUGGCUUGAAUUUGAUGAUGAAGAGGACAUGGGAGACUCUGAAGGCGUAACCAGUGAGGAGUUUGACAGGUUUCUGGCAGAAAGGGCAAGAGCAGCAGACCGUCUUCCUUCAGUGAGAGCAUCACAAGACCCAAGCAACCCACAGCCUAACUGCUGAUCUACAGAGUCUCCUUUCCACAAUCUGUCAUUAGAUACAACCCUCCCAAGGCCUGACUGCUGCUUUGAAAACUGUUAUUUCACAUAACCUCCUGCACAACAAACUGUGGCCAACUGGGUGACUUCAAACAACCACGGCCAGUCAUUUCAAAACUGUGUGUAGAAAAUGUUCAGGUUUCGGGACUAGACAUCUCCAUACCUUAUCAUUGCAUCAGCUGAUUAUCAAGUAAAAUGGUUUCCAGUUGCAUUUAUUUACAUUUCUCCAUUAACAUUGAGCAUUGUCUCUCAACUCUGACCCAUUACUGAAGGCUCAAAUCCUUUACACUACUUUAGAUAUGACCCCUUACCUUCACCUUCAGGUUAGGCUCAUUACUCCAAUUAGCAUAAUGAGAUGGUUGUCUGGGGAGGGCUGAAUGUAUCCUCCCACCCUGAACACUAGGCCUAUAUUCUGAAUGCAUCCUUUCACCUUUACCUUGCUAUUUCAGUUCAGAUACAUUCAGAUGAACUGUAUAGGCUACUUUAAAACUGUGAGCUCAGUCUUUUAAUAUUUUUAUAUGAAAGUUGUAGAUCAUUAUAUAUUAACAUUUUACAGAGAUACGUGCUAGCCAGCAUUUCUUUGACCAAUUUUCAAGUUACAAAAGCACAAACUCUGUAUUGAGUUUACUGUACAUAUUUGUCAUGCACAUUGCACUCUACUGAGGUGAUCAUUUUUGAAGGAAGAUAAUAUUUUUAGACUAUAUGAAAGCACUAUACCUGAAAAAUUAAAAGUUAUACAUGUAUUUUAUGAGAUAUGAAGUAAGAGUAAUAACAUUCCUGACUUGCAAGUUGUUUACAAUGAAGACAUUCAUCAUGGCAGUUUCAGUUUUAGACCUGAACACCUCAGGCGAAUUAAGGGGACAUACUUAGCUCAACCAGCAUUAGGUCAGCUUAUUCUUAGCUACUGAAAAACUGUUGUGUCACUGACUUCUAUACUGCACUGAUGCAAUGUAGCUGAUAACUGCUCAGCUGUUCAAAAUCUCAGAACACUGUUUUUUACAUGUACUAUGUGUAUAUGUGUACAUUUAAAUGUAAGGUAAGAAGAAAUAUUAAAGUUCAAAUGAAACCUG